GCAGGUGAACGAGGAAGCGGCGAUGACAGCCCAGCAGCGUUCUGCGGUUGCCAAGUAACGGAGCCGCGCUGCAUGCCGGGACGCCGCAGAAUGCCCACGUUGUGACCUCUCCCCCAGACCCCCUUCUUGCCGCACAACACGGAAGCAUGGCGGCCGCCCAGGGAUCUCCGGCGUCUUCCUGCUCGCAGCGGCGCCUGCGGAUCAUCACUGGACACCUGCAGCCGGGAGCUGCGGCCCACAUCGCCUCCAGCGACUGCAAGGCCUCGGCGACUCCCGCCGCCUCCAUCCCUAAGAAGCGCCAAGAAGUUCUAAAGUGGAAUGGCUGGGGGUACAAUGAUUCAAAGUUCACCUUUAAUAAGAAAGGUCAAGGGGAAUUCACUGGGAAAAGGUACAAACUCAGUGGCAUGGUACUACCAUCACUGCGAGAGUGGAUGGAAAAGACCUUUGGUGCCAGUUUGGACCACAAAACUACCUCCAGAGCAUCUUUGAAUUUAAGUGAAGUUCCCAAAGCGAUUGUAAAUGAAGGAUUUCUUCAGGACAUUCAAGCCACUGGUAUUUCUUAUUCCCAAGAUGCCGAAGAUCGAGUUUUCCGAGCUCAUGGUCACUGCCUAAAUGAAAUGUUUGCACUCAGGGAAGGAAUGUUUCGAAGAAUCCCAGACAUAAUACUGUGGCCAAGUUGCCAUGAUGAUGUUGUACGGAUUGUGGAGAUGGCCUGUAAACAUAACGUGUGUAUUAUUCCAUUCGGGGGUGGAACAAGUGUUUCUAAUGCACUGGAGUGUCCUGAAGAAGAGAGAAGAACCAUUGUGUCCCUGGAUACUUCACAAAUGAACAGAAUACUAUGGAUUGAUGAGAAGAAUUUAACUGCUCAUGUGGAGUGUGGAAUCACUGGUCAGGACUUGGAGAAGCAGCUUGGGGAACGUGGCUACUGCACAGGCCACGAGCCAGACUCCAUGGAAUUCAGCACAUUGGGUGGCUGGGUGGCCACCAGAGCAUCAGGGAUGAAAAAGAACAUCUAUGGAAACAUCGAAGAUCUGGUUGUUCACUUAAAAGUAGUAACACCCAAAGGUAUCGUUGAAAAAAGUUGUCAAGGGCCGAGAAUGUCCACAGGACCAGACAUCUACCACUUUAUAAUGGGAUCUGAAGGGACCCUUGGAGUGGUUACAGAAGUCACGAUUAAAAUAAGACCAGUUCCAGAAUAUCAAAAAUAUGGUUCGGUGGUGUUCCCGAAUUUCGAGAGAGGAGUGGCCUGCUUAAGAGAAGUAGCAAGACAGAGAUGUGCUCCCGCUUCAAUUCGCCUUAUGGACAAUGCACAAUUUCAAUUUGGGCAUGCUCUUAAACCUCAGGUGGCCUCAAUUUUUACUUCAUUUUUGGAUGGGUUAAAAAAAUUCUACAUCACAAAGUUUAAAGGCUUUGACCCAAAUCAGCUUUGUGUAGCAACUUUGUUAUUCGAGGGGGACCGUGAGAAAGUUCUACAGCAUGAGAAGCAAGUUUAUGAUAUUGCAGCUAAAUUUGGGGGUCUGGCAGCAGGCGAGGAUAAUGGACAGAGGGGUUACAUGCUGACAUUUGUCAUCGCUUACCUUCGGGACCUUGGGUUGGACUACUAUUUAAUAGGAGAGUCAUUUGAGACCUCAGUGCCCUGGGACAGAGUGUUGGAUCUUUGCCGCAAUGUGAAAGAGAGGAUUGUUCGAGCAUGUAAAGAAAGGGCAGUUCAAUUUCCUCCCUUUUCUACUUGCAGGGUCACACAGACCUACGAUGCCGGUGCCUGUGUUUAUUUCUACUUUGGUUUUAACUACAGGGGGAUAAGUAACCCCAUUCAUGUCUAUGAAGAAAUUGAGCAUGCUGCGAGGGAUGAAAUCCUAGCCAAUGGGGGAAGCCUUUCACAUCACCAUGGAGUGGGCAAGUUGAGAAAGCAGUGGCUGAAGGACAGCAUUUCAGAUGUCGGAAUUGGAAUGCUGAAGUCUGUCAAAAAUUUUGUGGACCCCGAUAACAUCUUUGGAAACCGAAACCUUUUAUAGAUCCCGAUGUCCAAAAAGCCACCAGUUCUGUCUGUGCGUGAUCAUGUUUUAAUACUGUACAGUUAUCCCACUAAAACAAUAUAUUUUGUCCAGAACUAGGUAUGAAAUAUGUGAUGAAAUAGGAUAAACUAAAUUAAUUACUAUUGUUCUAAAGUGCUUUGUUCAAUACAGGUUUCAGAAGAGUUAUCUUGCUGUGUUAAGGUUGGAAGUGGGCUCUGAUAAGGAAGGGGCAGCUGUCUACAGUUUGCUAUUCCUGACCCUUCAGACAUAUGUUAUAUUAAGUUGCCCUCACUUGUCAGGUCUUGGAAACUCACUUUAUCUUGGCCAGCUUCUAUACUUAAGAUGCAUAGAAUGCCACCGUUUUUAGUAAAUGGCAAUUCUGUAAGUUGCUCAAGCAAAACAUUGCGUUAUAAUCUGCACUGCAGCAUAACUUGGGUUUAAGCAAAGAGUGUUGGCUUUGUAAACAAACAAAUAUAGUUCUCUGGUGGCUCCUGUGAUAUGGGACAUGAAUGUGCUCGGCCAUCAUUAGCUAUACAUAAAGCAGGACGUGUACAGGUAUAACGUGAUAAUAAACAUUUUCCACUCCAUUGGAGACCCAAAUAAUCUCACUCCUCACUGAUGAUAGAGCCCUGUCAUUAAGAAUAAUUUUUGCACCCCCUUUAAAGAUUUGAUAUUAGUUUAAUGGCAGGUUAAGAAAGAAUACUUUUGAUGACUAACCUACCCAGAAAUAUGUGGACAUGAAGGAAGCUUUGUGUUGUAGCAUACAAAUUAAUUUCUUCUGAUCCUUUAACAAGAUGCAGUGGUUGGUCCAUGGACAGUCGUUUCUACAGCCUAUUUAGAGAUACAGGCUUUUUGUAACGGUUAGAAAGGCUGUUGGUUCUCAUUUCCUUGUGGAAGCUCUUUACCUACUCGGUGUGCAAAGUAUGAUGUUCGGAACUGCCCGUAGACACAGCUGUUCAUGCACCCUUCCGCUAGACUUUCUCUUGGAUAUUCCACAUUAAUAGGAUACACUUUUUUUUUUUUUUGGUAAAUAUUUGUGUAUUACUGGGCGUUAAGAUAACACAUCCCUUUCACAUAAAUCUUUAAGCACCUCUUUUGGGAUUUUAGAUGGCAAACAGAUCUUGCACUUCCUCAACCAUAUCACUGGUAAAACUAGAAUUUUGGCUUUAGAGAACUCAUUUCAAAGCAUGUUCAUUUCCAGCUCAACUGUGUCAUGGACUUAGUCAGAAUUGUACUUGUAAUUAACAAAUAAUCUUUUUCUUUAACUUUUUUUUUUUUAAUUACCAAUCACUACCUGUAUUGCUGCGCAGAACUUUAUUAAACAGUGAAUUGGUUUAAAUCCUUUUCAGCCAUAAUACAUUUUUGUACAGAGAUGCUAACAUCUUCAUAUUGUAUGUUCAGAACAGAAUUUAUGACAUAAAAAUUAAUACUUUCACCCAUA